UAAAUGAGACUGGAAGAAUCUGGAUUGGAUCAUCAAAGAAUAAUAGAGGACGACCUUGGCUUUUUGGUCAAUUUGAAGAGCAAUGCCUGAACGCUGCACUGUAUCUAUUGGAAAUAUCUGAUUUGAAGGAUACGUCACAUGGAAACCCAAUUUUAGUGGCACGCAAACUGACUGCAAUGGCCAAUGACAAUGACGGUGAUGGGGGUGUAUUAGCUGGUAAUUGGUCUGGAGAUUACUUUGGGGGUACUGCUCCUACCAAAUGGAUAGGAAGUCCUGCAAUCUUCGAUGAAUUCAUGAGAACCAAACGCACUGUGAAAUUUGGCCAAUGCUGGGUGUUUUCAGGCAUUUUGACUACCUUAUGCAGAACGUUAGGUAUCCCUGCAAGGAGUGUGACAAACUUUGAGAGUGCUCAUGAUACCGAUUUGAGCAUGACCAUUGACAAUCAUUGGGAUCCAGCAGGGAAACCUCUCAAGCAACUGGAUGAUUCCGUGUGGAAUUUCCAUGUUUGGAAUGAGACUUAUAUGAGCCGACCUGACCUUCCUGAUGGCAUGGGUGGUUGGCAAGCCAUAGAUUCAACACCACAAGAGCAAAGUGAAGGUGUAUUCAGAUGUGGUCCGGCACCAGUGAAUGCAAUCAAAGAAGGCCUUGU